AAACCAAACAAAAUUCCACAGUAAAGAAUAAAACCCUUCCUUUCUUUUGCUUCAGCCCCCAUUUUACAGUACCUCACCCAUCUCUGUAAAUUCUCAGCCAUGGCUAUCACAUAAGAAAAAAAAAUAGAAUUUCUUUCUUCUCUUUUCCUUAUCUUCAACGAAUUUCACUAUCUUUGCACCUCUUUGUUUCUUCUCUGUUCAAUUCUAGAUGCACAAAUCUGGUUAGACACUUAAUUUUCGCCUGAAAAAAAAAAUAAUGGAUAUUGCACAAGUAACUCUUUCAAAUAGCUCUAGAAGGGAAAUCCUUGACCCAGAAUUAUGGAGACUUAGAGCGGCAAAUCAGAGAGUGGUUGAAGAUAUGAGAUGUUGCUUUUCCCUUCUGAUGGUUCGAAGACACAAGAAAGUUUACAAACAGUCAAUGCUUUUGGGUGGAGGUCUUUUGUUCAGUGGCCGGGAGACUACAAUCGAAACAUAGUUCUGGAGUUCUACAGCAAUCUUAAUCCAGUAAGUCGUACUUCAACCGUGAGAGGUGGUGGUAGCCUUAAUGUUACAGGUGCAAAUUUCUAUCAGGGAACACAUGUAUUUGUACCAACACCACUUCCCACAACAAUGAUGGAUUUAAACAGGGGAAGUGGAUCUACACCAAGUCCGAUGACAUUUAGCAGUCAGCCCCUUUCCGUUUUCUCUAAUCUGGAAGCUAACCAUGGAGUUGCUACAACUGGAGGUUCGUCAGUUCCUAUUCAACAAGACAAUGGUUUUGAUGUUAAUACAUACCUUGAUCUCUUUCAAGGUAAUGGUCAUGAAAAUUAAGAAUGGAACAACAAAUUGUUCAUUCAGGAGAAUGAACAGUUUAGGUGUGGGAGAUGGUAAUUUUCUGGCUAAUCUUUUCUCUAUAACAAUUUUGGGAGUUGUUGACUAGCUUCUCUUUACUGAUUUGAAGGAACCUGUUGGUGGAUGUUUGUGUUUUUGUUCAUUGGAAGAAGAAGAAAGUUUCUUUUUUUUUUCAACAAAACUUCAAAAAAAAAAGAAAAAAAAAACUUUCUUCUUUAAUGCUUUUUGCUGGAUGACAGAAUGGAGUGCUUUGGCAUGCUGAUAAGUGCAGUUUUUUGUAUGUAAAUAGGCCAUGAAAUGGCAGAUCUAAGGUUGAUAGUUUGGUGCUAUAGCAACAGGUACUAAAUUUUUGUUGUACUAGCCAUGAGAUUAACCUGUUGAUUUAUGUUUUCAUGUUAGUAUGAAGAACAAGGUUGCAACA